UCUGCAGUCUGUGUGUGUUAAUCCUACUCUGCAGUCUGUGCGCCAUAAUGAUAUUUCUGGCCCUGCUGGAGAUUGGCUACAGCGGUCACAGGGCUGGAUCACGUGGUUUGGUGUAAAUCUAGGGUGUAUUGCUGUCAUUUAUCACACUACCUCGUAAAAACGACACUGAAGAUUCUGGCCCAACAAAUCACAAGGAAAAAAUAUGAGCUCUUAUUAUGUGGAUGGUCUUUUUAGCAAAUAUACGGCGACCGGUUCUUUCUUCCCAAACGCCGACCGGGGUUCGUGCGCUCUUCGAGCCAGUGGAGAAGGACCCGAAUCUGUUCACAGUGGCGCAGCCCCUGCCUUUCCAACGUCCUUGUCCGGACUUUACAACGUCAACAAUGCUAUUUACCAGAGCCCCCCGAUGUUUACUCCUGCUUAUGACCAGGGGCCGGACGUGCACAGUCUGCACUGCAGCUCUUUCGACCAGAGCCGUCUGUUCGGGGACAGCUGCAUCCAGCCGGUGCCGGGUCCACUCACCUCGCCAGAGGACAAACACUACCGGAUGUACCCCUGGAUGAGAACAUCAGAUCCAAACAGAAAGCGUGGACGUCAGACGUACUCCCGGUACCAGACACUGGAGCUGGAGAAAGAAUUCCACUUUAACCGAUACCUGAACUGCCGGAGGCGCGUGGAGAUAGCACACGCGCUCUGCCUGACUGAGCGCCAGAUCAAAAUCUGGUUCCAGAACCGGAGGAUGAAGUGGAAGAAAGAUCACAAGGAUGAGUCUUCGAGCUCAAACCUCAGUGCCAACUCAGAGAACGUAAACAAGGAUGGUGAUGGUAAUCCGGUAACCAACGGACAGUCCAAGGCCCAGGAGGCAGAGCAAGGAGACUCCCCGUCUGCGGGUGUGGCGUCAGAAACCCCUGCAAGAGAAGGAGAUGGCGACGUAGAGGCUAUUAAUGAAAGAAACACUCCAUAAAUGUUUGUAUUUGUCAAAUGUUAAAGAUGUUUACUCUCAUAGAAUCGACACACUCUGUUCAUCAUGUUUGUUUAUCAAUUUAGAGAUUAGUAAGGAUUGGUGAAACGACUUGCAGGCUGAAGUUGAGAAGCACUUAUUUAUUGCACUGUAUACAAGCUAGUGAAACACUGUCUCUAGCAACAAAAGGCAUACGUCUAUGUGCACAUGAAAAGAAACGGAUACUACCUAUUUACACCAUAGUAUUAUUAUGAAAACUCAAUUUGAUCUUUGAAUGUAGAAAAGGCCUACUGUAAAUGUUAUUCAAUAAUAAAUAUUAUUGGUUGGGAACUAUUACAUAUUUUACUACUGAAAUAACAUUCCUGAACAGAGAACUACCUAACGCGACAGUUAAAUCCAAACAACUUCCGAAUUCAGCCUACCUCCAAUUUCAAUUGACUUAGACAAAGGGACCUUUUUCGCAUUCUAUUUGUUUCUAUUUCAAAUGUAAAUAAAAGCAAAUGUUGCGUAAAAGUGCCUUUGUUGAAUCAACUAGCGAAUAUGGCUUUAACGAUUUACUGUCCCUUAUUCUCGUUAUAUUGCAAUGCUGUAGCUGUUACGGCUUGGCAUAUUCCUAUAUCUUAUAUUUGUGAGAACUUAUCUUUUGGGGCCAUGUAGAGAUUGUAAUACAUAUUCGUAUGAUUCCAAUACCCUACCUCAGAGACUACAGACCUAUUCGGUUACUACUGUAUCACUGAAUUUCAAUACUGUAUAACUUAUUGUAUAUGUGUGAAAUUGAAGUCUUUGUAAACACUG